ACAAUGUCUUUGUUUUCUCGGCACUUAAUUCUUAUCGCGUCUUCGGCUUUUUUUCUUUUGUUCAUCGCCUUAUCGCUAGCGACGGCUAUCCAGAUUCGCGGUAUAUCGCCCCAGAUUGUACAAAUCAGUUCCGCGCAGGCUGCUAAGGUUGGGGAUGAUGGAGAUGUGGUGGCGGCCAAGGCGCUGCUGAAUGGCACGGAAUUUGAUCGCGGAGAUGUGUUCAAUGGAAGCAGCAUUAUAUCUGGAUUGCCGCUUGCUGUACCUACUAUCAUGACAGAAACACAAGAAGGUAUAAUCGGAUUCACCCCGGAACCCCAAAGCAGCGGCAGCUGGGACGCCGAAGGCGUCUUAGGCCCCAAACCCACACCUACACCAUCCCGAGUCCCAGCCCCCAAACCCGCCGCUCCCCAAGCCCCGCAAAUCCCCAUUCUUGCCCUCACAUACGCCGGUUCCGGCGGCCCCAAGCACUGCCGCGGCAAGCUCCUCAAAAAGUCAUAUUUCCCGCCUCCUCUGGAAAAAUGGAAAAAUGGAACUUGCAUCAAUCUGCCCGGCGAAGCGCGCUGCGGCGUGUUUUUUUCGAACAAAGGGGAUAAUUGCGAGGCGGCGCUUUUCAAUGAGGGAGAUUGCUUGAAUACUACUAGCACGUAUAUCAAUACUGUAGUUUUUAUGCCCGAGGAGAGGGCUGUGGGUGCACUUUGGAAGAGUAUGUGGGUGCGGUGUGGGGUUGAGGUGCCGGAGGCUAAGAUGUUGGAUCCGAGUAUUCUUGGAGGAGCGCUGAAGAAACCGGGUGGUCAUGGUUGAAAGGGGAGUCAGGAUUCCCAGGAUCGUGUUGUUAAGAGUUUGGGU